AUUAGUUGUUGUGUUUAAAGGACUUCGUCAACACUAAAUUUAGUAAAGUUGUGAAAGUGAGUCAAUUUUUAACCCGAAUUAUUCGUGCUGCGAAGAAGGAAGAAGAAGAAGUGGUACUUGUUAUAACGCAAAAAAGAAAGUCUUAUUUUGGAGAGAACAUUCAUCAGUUUGCUUUUGCCAACGAAACAUAAAAUGUCUUCGCUUAUUUCGUCUCAAAUACUUUUGGCAGAAAGUAAAACAGAAAAAUCAAAAAAUUUAAUCAAAUCUUCGAAUCAAAAUCAAAACAACCAAGUUUAUGUAUGGGAUAUAGUUUGGUUCAACGUCGCUUUUUUAUCAUAUUUUUAUUUCUGCGGAAUAUACGGGUUGUAUUUAGCCAUAACCUCGGCAAAAUUUGCCACAAAUUUAUGGAGUAUUCUAUUAAUGGUUUGUGGAGCUCUGGGAACCACCGCCGGAUCACAUCGAUUAUGGUCUCAUCGCACUUACAAGGCUAAUUUGCCACUAAGAAUAAUCUUGGCGUUUUUUGCAACGAUUUCUUUUCAAAAUCAUAUUUAUGAAUGGGUGAGAGAUCAUCGAGUACACCAUAAACACACCGAUACAGACGCUGAUCCUCAUAACUCUUCGCGAGGAUUCUUCUUCUCCCAUUGUGGCUGGUUGAUGGUGAGGAAACACAAAGAUGUCAUCGCUAAAGGAAAAAAGAUCGAUUUGAGCGAUUUAGAAAAAGACCCUGUGGUUAUGUUCCAAAAAAAAUAUUACGCGAUUUUGAUGCCACUUCUUUGCUUCAUUCUGCCAUCGGUAAUUCCAUGGUAUUUUUGGAACGAAACUGGAGUUGUUUCGUAUUACGUAGCGGGAGUUGGAAAAUAUAUUUGGGCUGUUAAUGGAACGUGGCUUGUUAAUAGUGCUGCUCAUCUUUAUGGAACGAAACCAUAUGAUAAAAAUAUAAAUCCAUCGGAAAAUACAUUCGUGGGUUAUUUAGCGUUAGGUGAAGGAUGGCACAAUUACCACCACACUUUCCCAUGGGAUUACAAAACUUCGGAAUUUGCUAAUUAUGGCCCAAAUUUAACGACGGCCUUUAUCGAUUUUUUUGCGUGGUUGGGGUGGGCUUACGAUUUAAAAACGGCUUCGGAAGAGAUGGUUAGGAGAAGAAUGUUGAGGACUGGGGAUGGAACGAAACUUCCGCCAGAAGAAAUUGGCAAAAAAUCGAGUUUGAAAGAAGAUUUAGGACUGAGUAGUGAUAAUAUUUGGGGGUGGGGUGAUAUUAAUAUGAAAUCGGUUGAUUUUCAGUAUGUUAAAAGAUUCAAUGUGAAAUAAUUAAGUUUAUUUGUAAUUUGGGGUUUGGUUGUGAUUUGUAAUUGUUAAUAAAAUAUUUGAUUUA